AUGUCGUCCGACGAAGUGAUUUGGCAGGUGAUCAACCACUCCUUCUGCUCUUUCAAAAUCAAGCCAGGGAAAGGCCAGGAUUUUUGCAGAAACGAAUAUAAUGUUAGUGGUUUAUGUGACCGAGCAUCUUGUCCUUUGGCAAAUGCCAGAUAUGCUACUGUGAAAAAUGUGGAAGGUAAAUUAUACCUUUACAUGAAGACUGCCGAAAGGGCCCACAUGCCUUCGAAGUUGUGGGAAAGAGUCAAAUUACUGAAAAACUAUGCCAAAGCUUUGGAACAGAUUGACGAGAACUUGCAAUAUUGGCAGAAGUUUUUGAUUCACAAGUGUAAACAAAGAUUGACCAGAUUAACACAAGUUGCAAUUACGGAACGCCGACUUGCAUUGAGAGAGGAGGAAAGGCAUUACGUCGGUGUGAAGCCUAAGGUCAAAAGAAGAGAAGAGAACAGAGAAAGAAAAGCAUUAGCUGCUGCUAAGAUUGAGAAAGCUAUCGAAAAGGAAUUAUUGGAAAGAUUAAAGAGCGGAGCUUACGGCGAUAAACCUUUGAAUGUCGAUGAGAAAAUUUGGAAGAAAGUCUUGGGUAAAGUUGAUGAGGUUGAAGAAGAAGAAGAAUUUGACGAAGACGAUGAUGUUGUUUUGGAAAGUGGAGAUGAUGACAGCGAUGUUGGCGAAGUCGAGUAUGUCGAAGACAGUGGUGACGAUGAGUUCGUUGAUAUGGAAGAUUUGCAAAAGUGGUUAGGCGACUCCGGAAGUGAAUCUGAGAGCGAAUCGGAAGACGAAGACGAAGAAGAAGAGUCCAAAAAGGGUAAGCUGCGUUCUACGAAGAAGAGCAGAAGACCACAUGUGGAGAUUGAGUAUGAGGACAACAUUCAAACUAACAUUGCUACAUAG